AUGGAGAUGGCCAUCCAAGAAAAGGAUGAAGUAAUUGAAAACCUGCAGUCAAAAAGUGAAGAAGUACUGAGAUAUAUUGACAAAUCUGAAAAAUGCAGCAUCAGGGAAAAGAUAUUUCAGAAACGAAGAAAAAGUCAAAGACUCUCAAAAUUUAUUUGUCUCAGGCAGCAACUGCCUUAUG